AAUUAAAUUACCUACUUAUCAUAAAUAACUAUUUAUAAAAUAAUGAUUGAUUUAGUAAUGAAUUUUUAUAGUUUAUUUAAUUGGCUUUCCAAAUAGAACCAAUGGUGCCCAAACCAGGCCCGGCCCGGAACGGACUGGACCCGCCCACAGAGCAAUAAUAGAUUUAGAUUAGUAAUUGCCAUAGAGAGAAGCCACGUGAAGCGCCACGUUACAAGGCCUGAAGCCACAUCCGUCGUAUGUCCUGCCACAUGUUGCACUGCAAGUCUGCAUGUAACGCCGAUCACUGGAAAUUCGAAGCCGAUGAUUUUUUAAAUUCUCUUCUUCGAUCCUCAUUUUUUGGUGAGGAAGAAAAUUUACAGGAAAAACAAAAGUUCAAGGGACGACAAUAUCUAAUAAGGGAUGGAAAGCCAGCCAAAAACCGCAGGCGAGCCAACUCACACAGGCACCGCCGUUCUCGAGACUGUAACUGCUACUAUGCAGGGCUUCGCUCCCAUAAACUCCAUCCACCAACACCUAUGCGCGUUCCAUUUUUACGCGCACGAUAUGACCCGCCAAGUGGAGGCGCACCACUUCUGUGGGCACCAGAACGAGGAAAUGAGGCAGUGUCUAUUGUACGACAGCCCGGCGGCGGACGCCCGGCUGGUCGGAGUGGAGUACAUAAUAUCGGAGAAUCUGUUCUUGACGUUGCCGGAUGAUGAGAAGAAGCUCUGGCACUCACACGAGUUCGAGGUGAAGAGCGGGAUGCUUUUCAUACCCGGCGUGCCGGGUCCUAUUGAGAGGAUGGACCUUGAAAAAGUUUGCAAGACUUAUGGAAAAGUGUUUCAGUUCUGGCAGAUCGAUCAGGGAGACAACCUGCCUCUUGGCAUCCCUAAUAUCUUGAUGGCUGUUACUAGAGAUGGCCAGAUAUAUGACCACAAUAUCAAAGAUGUUGAGGAGAGGUUCGGGGUGUCUUUUGAAAAGCAGAGGGAGAGUAGAGGAUACAUGUCAGGGCCUGAUCAUGGGAUACACCCUCUGGCUAAUGGGGGAGGCAGCGGGCUCAAGACUGAACUCAGGGAGACCGACAGCAAGCUCCAAUCCGAAGCUGCAUCCACUUAUAGCAUAUAGAAGAACGGUGGUCGACGAUCUAUGCGUGUGUA